AUGCAACCCACCUCCUCCUUGCUCGAUCAACUCAAAAACCAUGGUAGUGCCGUUGCACUCCUUCUCCUUCUCAUGAUCAUCCUUGUGCUCUUUAAAAAAUUCAUUCUCGGUUCCACAGCAAGCGACGAUGAAAUUCGUCACUAUUUACGAGAAGGAGCUUUCAUUAUCGAUGUUCGGAGUCGAGGAGAAGUGUCAAGUUCUGGACUCUUUCCUGGAGCUGUGAAUAUUCCGAUGGGAGAGUUGUUGGAAUUUCCAAUUUCACAACAACCAUUACUUCCCCGCGAUCGAGAACAUUCGAAAAUUAUCGUGUAUUGUGCCUCGGGAAUGAGAAGUGCUUCGGUUCAAAAUACGUUGAAGGAGAUGGGAUUUCGAAAUGUGCUGAAUGGUGGUGGACUUUCGAAUAUGAUGAGAUUUAAAUAA